AUGGCCAAGUGGCUGACCAAGUACUUCAGCCUGGGCAACAACAAGGCCAAGAGUCCCCCGCAGCCGCCGCGGCCCGACUACCGGGACCGGCGCCCCGGGGCCGAGCUGCUGGCCGCGCACCGCCACACCUCGCCCCGCCUGGCGCCCCGCCACCUGUGCGACGACCCCGGCGAGCUGCUGCGCGCCUACCGCGCCCAGAAGGAGCGCGACUUUGAGGACCCCUACAGCGGGCCCGGCUCGUCCCUGCGCAAGCUGCGCGCCCUGUGCCGCCCGGAGCCUUGCGCGCCCGAGGAGCCGGCCGCCAAGCCUCCCUCGGCCGCCGGCUCGCCGCACCUCUUCCGCAGCCAGAGCGAGCGCCGGCCGCCCACCCCGCCCGACGGCCGCUAUCUCUCCCCCAAGCACCGGCUCAUCAAGAUCGACAGCGGCUGCGAGGGCGCGGGGGGCUGCAAGGGCGCCGCCGCCCCGGCCAUCACCUGGAGCCCGCCCGGCGGCGCCGGCAAGAAGGUGGGCAAGUGCCCGGAGCCGCCGGAGAGCAGCGUCCCUUCCGCCAAGCCGGAGAAGGUCUUGAUAGCAGAUGACUACUCUGAUCCGUUUGAUGCCAAGAGUGAGCUGAACAAAGCGGUGAAAGGAGAAAACACUGGCUACAUGGAACCUUAUGAAGCCCAGAGGAUAAUGAGCGAAUUUCAAAGGCAAGAAAGCGUGAAGUCCCAGCAGAAAGGCAUUCAGCUCUAUGACACGCCCUAUGAACCAGAAGGCAAUGGUGUGGAGUCAGACACUGACAGCUUGGUGGGCCAGCGCUUGCGAGAGAGCAAGCUGCCACAGGAUGACGACAGGCCUGCAGAUGAAUACGAUCAGCCCUGGGAGUGGAACAAAGUCACAAUCCCAGCCUUGGCAGCCCAGUUUAACGGGAAUGAGAAAAGGCAAUCUUCUCCUUCACCUUCAAGUGACCGGCGUCGACAGCUCCGAGCGCCAGGCGGUGGCUUCAAACCCAUCAAGCAUGGCAGCCCGGAAUUCUGUGGGAUCCUGGGAGAGAGAGUAGAUCCAACUGUGCCACUGGAAAAACAAAUAUGGUAUCAUGGCGCAAUCAGUCGGACAGAUGCAGAAAACCUGUUACGGUUGUGUAAAGAAUGUAGCUACCUUGUAAGGAAUAGUCAAACAAGCAAGCAUGACUAUUCUCUUUCCUUAAAGAGCAGUCAAGGUUUUAUGCACAUGAAACUGACAAAAACCAAAGAGAAAUACAUCCUGGGUCAGAACAGCCCCCCAUUUGACAGCGUUCCAGAAGUCAUCCACUACUAUACCACCAAAAAACUGCCCAUCAAGGGCGCAGAACACUUGUCCCUGCUUUACCCUGUAGCUGUCCGGACCCUAUAA